AUGGCAACGGAGGAGCCACGUGAUGAAGACGAGGAUGUCGAAGGUGACCAGGCUGACGGCACCCUGGAUCCAGAGCUGCUGGCUGCAUGUAUGAGGAAUGACACUGAAGCGGCUAAGCGAUUGAUCGAGCAGGGAGCGAAUCCCUGCUGCGAAGACCAGCGGCAGUGGAGCCCACUGAUCUGGGCUGCCUCGCACGGCAACGAGGACCUCACCAGACUACUGAUCAAACACAAUGCCGCGGAGGUGUACAAAUCUGAUGAGACAAAGGUGCGCAAGAAGCACAGCCCUCUUCAUUGGGCGGCCUUUAAGGGUCAUCUCAAGGUCUUGUGGCUGCUGAUGGCGCCACCGCAAAACCUGUCGCAUCACGAACGGGACGCCAUAGGCAACACGCCGCUACAUCAGGCAGCAGCAGGAGGAAAUCUGGAGUGUGCGAAAUGCCUCAUGGCACAGGGUUGCGACGUCCUCGCCAAGAAUGACCGAGGGCAUACCCCCUUUGCGUUGUGCACAGAUCCAGACGUACAGCAGCUUUUGCAGAAUGCGAUGAAUGCCACAGCCUGCAAGGCUUCUGGGAAGCAGUUUUCUUCCACGGUGCUGAGAUACUUGUGCUCAUGGUCUUUGGAUGUGUUCUGCGAGAAGGAGAUCACACAGACGUUUGUUUUCGAGCACCCCGAAGCAACCGAGAAGGAGAAACCUGUAACCUGGUGCAAUGAGGUCAGAACGACCAUCCAGGAGCUGGAGCAUCAGCUAACCAAUGCUAUGCACCUUAAUCAGCUCGAGACGGUCACUGCCGCAUUGGAAGCUGCUGCUGACAAGCCUGUCGAUUGCAAGCUGGUGCACCAGUGUAACCAGCUGAAGGAGAAGCUUGAGUCGGAAAUACAGCUAGGGAAAGCGAUGCAGGUGACAACCAUCACCGACUUGGACGAGUUUGACAGCGUGCACGAUGCGUUGAGCAAGGCCAUUGACGAUGCAGUCGCAAAGAAAGCGGACCCAGUGCGAGUCCAAGCUGCAAAAACCUUGCGGCGGAAGCUUCUGGCAGAA